AUGCAGCGGUGCCAGCAGCUCGGGAUCCGGUGUGUAUCAUGGGAGAGCCGACGACCCCCGGAUGAAGCUGCCAUUGUGUUGGUGACGCCCGAAUCCAGCGAGGACCCGGAUUUCCACACGUUUUUGAACCGGCAGCGGUGGAUGCGGCGGUUGGACCGGAUCGUGGUGGACGAGUGCCAUAUUAUAUUGAAUUCGCAGAAGGAUUUCCGGCCGGCCAUGGCCCGAUUAGGGCGGUUGGUCAGUGCGCGCACGCAGAUGGUAUUUUUAACGGCCACACUGCCCCCCAGUAUGGAACGAAUAUUUGUCCAGCGGAUCCAGCAUCCCGCCAGCGCGGUGGGUAUGUACCGGGCCCGGACCAGCCGGGGGAACGUGGCAUACCGGGUAUGGCGGCCCAUUUUACCGCGCCAGACCCCGCGGGAACCCCAUCAGUGGUUGGUGACGCCCGGGGUGGUGCAGUACAUCCAGGGUCGGAUCCAGCAAGCGCGGGGGGGCCGGGUGAUCGUGUACGGGCAGACCAAGAGCCAGGUGCAGGCCAUCAGCCGGGAAUUCGGGUGUGAGGCAUACCACAGUGAGGCAGUGGACCGGGCUGGGGUGAUGCAGCGGUUCCAGGACGGGCUGCACCGGGUGAUUGCGGCCACCAGUGCGUUAGGGAUGGGUACCUGGAUGGGACGGUGGAUGGAUACACGCGGGAGCGGUGCCGGGAUCAGGGUCCGGAUGAAUUGGCAUGUGACGGGUGUGAUCCCGAUUGGGAGGUGCAGGAGGAGCCCGUUAGUAUGGCCAGCAGUCCGCCAGGGUCAGGGUCAGGGUCAGGGUUCAGCCGUUUCGGGAGGGCACCAGAGUCAGGGUUCGAAGGUUCCGGGCAGGGAGAUCCAGAGGUUUAUCCCGCAUUAUGCAUCAUCCAGUUCCGAUACAGGGGAGAACCCGGAUCACCCGCGGGCCAUGUCCAUUGACAGCGGCGAGUCCAUUACAUCCCAGGUGCCCCGAGCCCGGGUUAUUCCCGCCAGCGCCGGGUAUACCCCCCAAGAGCGGCAGUAUGAGCAGGCGGCCGUCCAACAGCAGGCGCAGGCCAUGCAGGCUGGGAUUGAUGAGGAAUUCAUUGAGCAGGAGGCCCGGCAAUGGCUGGACCAGUGUUAUAUUUGCACGGUUCGGGGGCGGGAUGGGGACCAUCAAUUAGAGCAAUGCACGCAUGCAGAGAGCCAUGCAGCGCAGGAAUGGUUGGGGCAGGUGCAGCGGCGGGUGGAUUAUGUGCCGUUUCGGUGUUGUUAUCAAUGCGGGAUGCCGCAGGCGAUAUGCCAUGGGUGGCAGCAUGGGGAGGCAUGUACAUGGCGCGGGGCGUUGCUCCCGAUGAUUGCCGGGAUGGUGUACGGGCCAUUCCGCCGUAUGGUCCAGCCCGCAUGGGAGCAGUGGUUACAGCCGCGGCAGUUGGAGGGCCGGGUGAUAUACGCCGGGAAGAUAUUCCAGCAGGAGAUUGUGGCCGGGCCCGUUCCGGCCGGGGAUUAUCGAUCGGUGGCGGCAUUUUUUGGGCAGGGUACUGUUGAUAGACAGGGAGUUGAGGUCCAGGCAGUAUUUUGUUGGUUACGACGGGUAUGUCAUGAUAUCGAAGCCGGGUUAAUAUGA